AGUACUGCAGAGAUGAGCUUUAGAACAAUCCCAAUAUUGCCAGUGGCUUCUCCAUUGAAUUGUGCUAAUAUAACAUUUCUACCACGUAAUGUCACACUUACCUGGACUGAACCACCACUAAUAGAUCAAAAUGGAGCACCAGUUGGUUAUAAUUUAACAUGUAUGAAUACUAAUGGUGUAUCAGUCAAUGGAUUGAGCCCAACACAAACUUCAAUGAACACAAUGUUCACUGUUACUGAUGUUAUGCCUUUUACUGGUUACACUUGUGAUCUGUCAUUUAUUAAUGUAGUAGGAUAUGGACCCUCUACCCAGUGUACAUUUGAAACAGCACAAGAUACACCUGAUGAUGGACCACAAAACUUUACUUCUACCCCAACAAUGACAACAGUUACAUUUACAUGGACCAGUCCAUCAAUACGUAAUGGAAUAAUCACUGGGUAUCAACUUAAGGUUACUAACAUUGAAACAAAUGCUUAUCGCACUAUGAAUAUCUCUUCUGAUCAAUUAAUGUAUACACUUGAUGAGGAAGGAUUCUUCAGUGCUUAUGAUAAUUACACUGCCUCUGUUACUGCUAGCACUGUCAUUGGGUUUGGGCCUAUAUCUAAUACAGCAGGAAGAACACUACCAGACAUUUCCAGUCCUCCUCUAUUGGUGACGAGGAAUAUUACUAUAUCUGGUACAAUAUUUACUACAUUACCAUCAGUGGAUAAUCACACCAUUAAUGUGACAUGGUAUCCUCCUACUACACCAAAUGGACGCAUUAUGAACUAUACCAUUGAAGUUGAUGGAUAUAUUACUAGAAAUAGAUUGAUAAGACGUACAAUUACUGAUGUUGACAGAGACUCUUUUACAGUACUGAUUACUGAUAAUGCAUUAACUCCUGGUGUACCAUAUAGUGUCACUCUGGUUGCUUAUAAUGAGUUUGGUAGAGGAAUCCCAGUUAGAGUUAUUGUCUUUACUAGAGUUUUGACUCCCAGUGUCUCUCCUAGUAAUGUCCAAGCAGUAAGAUCUGAUGACGGUACUAAUAUGACUAUUACUUGGGAUGCUGUGUCUCUUACACAAGCCCGUGGUUUCUUUGAAUACACAAUAAGACUCUCAAGAUCCAGCAGAAAGAGACAGGCAGGAGAUUUAGUAUAUAGAGUCCCUUCUACUGAGACCAGUUAUACUGCUACUGAUCUUGAUGAUCAAGCUACUUAUUCUGUAUCAAUGGGUCUGUCUGUUGAUGAUGGUUCAGGCCAGGGACCUAUUGCUGGACCUACUAGCCCACCCAUUGAGAUAUCCUCACCAGCUUCUACUGCUCCACCAACUACAAGUUCUAACAUUAGUACCAUUAUUGGUAUUGUUGUUGGUGUGGUCCUAGCUCUACUCCUGAUUGUAUUAAUUGUUGUCAUUAUAAUAUUCAUUGUCCGUCGAGGCAAGCAAGCUGAUAAAUUCACUGUUGGAGGCAAACCAAAAAAGAAAGAUUUAUUUGAGUUGCUUGAGUCCAACCCGUUGACACCAACAGCCACUUCUUCAUUCAGACAGUUGGAUGAUGGACCUGAUGCUAAUGGAGCCUCAGCCCCAGUGGUAACAGGAGCUGAUGGACAGGAAGAUGAUGACGUGAAGGAGAAGCCUGAUGAUCGUCUUGAUGAGGAAAUGAUUCUUGAGAGAAUGAAACCAAUUGCUGUAGCCAGUUUCCACGAACACGUUCAAGAGAUGCACGUUGACUCUGACAAAGGAUUUGAAAUGGAGUACAAGUCUGUUCCGAUGCAAACUGAGACGAGCUUUGACAUUGGAAGGAAUGAGGGAAACAAAACUAAAAAUAGAUUUGCCAACAUCUUCCCAUAUGAUUUCUCACGAGUGAAGCUAACAGAGUUACCUGGUGUUCCUGAUUCUGACUACAUAAAUGCUUGCUACAUUGAUGGUUACAAUAGGAAAGACUGUUACAUUGCUGCACAAGGUCCUCUUCCUUCUACUGUUGCUGACUUCUGGAGAACAAUAUGGGAGUAUAGGAUCAACCACAUUGUCAUGUUAACUGGAGUCGUUGAAGGAGGAAAGAAAAAAUGUGAGCAGUACUGGCCUGAAAAAGUCGGAGAGAAUUUGGAAUUACCAAACGGAUUUACUGUUACCAUGACAUCAUUCGUCCAGUUUGCCGACUAUAUUAUCCGUGACUUUAAAGCUUCAAAGGCUGAGUCUGAUGAGAAGGACCUCACAGUCAGUCACUACCACUUCACCAGCUGGCCCGAUCACGGUGUGCCACAAUUUGCCACUUCACUCAUUAGCUUCAUCAAGCGAGUACAGAAAGAUCACAACAAAGAUAAAGGCGUACCACUCAUGGUCCACUGCAGUGCUGGUGUGGGUCGUACUGGUACCUUUAUCAUGCUGGAUAUAAUGAUGGACAGAUUGAAGCAAGAGGAGUCCAUUAAUGUGUAUGAGGUAUUGAGGCAGUUGAGAUCAAAGAGAAUGUACAUGGUUCAAACACAGGCCCAGUAUGUGUUCCUUCAUGAUGCUUUGGAUGAGUUGACCACUUGCGGUGAUACUUCGAUAAUUGGAUCCAACUUGAGGGCUCGUGUCAACAAAAUGCACAAGAUGAUUCCAGGAAAGAACAUAACUGGAUUCCAGGAGCAAUAUGAGUUAUUGGAUCAAGUUGGAUACAAACCCAGUGAGAUGAUGUACUCUGAUGGUACUACUACUGUCAACGUACCCAAGAACAGAUACCCUGAAAUUGUACCAUUGAACAUGCACAGGCCAAGGCUUAGGCCUGAUGGUAGCAAUGGAUCUGAUUAUAUUAAUGCAAGCUUUGUUGAUGGUUACAAGCAGCGAAAUGCUUACAUAGUCACACAAGGUCCUCUAAAGACCACUGUUGAUGAUUUCUGGAGGAUGAUAAUGGAGUUUAAGACCCGCACCAUAGUCCAGUUCUGUAACACUGUUGAGGAGGGACAGGAGAAGUGUCACAUGUACUGGCCGACUAAAGAGGGAGAGCCGGUCGAGUAUGGACGCACUAAAGUGACUCUACAGUCAGAGGCAACCACUCCUGAUUAUACAACCAGGAAGCUUCAUAUCUGCAAUGAGAGGGGUGGCAAGAGCGAGCGUGAAGGACAUGUAGUGACACAGUUCCAUUUCACCACUUGGCCCGAGCAUGGUCACCCAACCAGCACUGGGUCCAUCAUUGAACUGAUUGAUUUAUUGACAAGAGCACAAAUGAACUCUGGAAACAAGGCUAUUACUGUUGUCUGCAAUGAUGGUGUUGGUAGAUCUGGUGCUUUCCUUUGCAUACACUCUCAACUUGAGCGGCUCAAAACUGAAGGAGAAGUUGACGUCUUCAAAUACCUCAAGACUGCUCGCACCAGACGCAUUGGACUUCUAUCAGAACUGGAUCAUUAUGUCUUUUGUCAUGAAGUUUUAGCCGAUUAUGUAGAGUCCUUUGAUCCUUAUGCUAACUUUAAAGAUAUGUAAUUAAAAACUGCUUGUACCUGCUCCUUCUUGUUGUUGUUUCUUCUAUCACACAAACACAUUUAAUUAAUAAUAUACAACGCAUACAUACAUACAUGCAAAAAAAGAUUAUUAUUAAUAUUAUUAGAGAUUUUUCUAGUUUGUGUAUUUUGUGACUUUGUGCUGAUUAAUUUUUAUUAAAAUAGUAAUAUUAAA